AUGAGUGAUCAGACUGCUGUUGUGCUAGUCAAGAAGGAACACCUGGAAUUCCAAAAACGUACCAUCCCAGAAGUCCAAGACCCUCAUUAUGUUAAGGUGCGUAUCAUGUCAACGGGGAUAUGUGGUUCUGAUAUCCAUUUUUAUAAAGAGGGAUCAAUUGGUCCCUUUAUUGUGAAAGCUCCUAUGGUUAUGGGUCAUGAGUCCAGUGGUGUAGUUGUAGAAGUAGGCGAUGCGGUCACAAUGGUAGAGGUUGGUGACCAUGUUGCCAUUGAACCCGGUGUGCCUAGUCGUUACUCAGAAGAGACAAAGGCAGGCCAUUACAAUUUAUGUCCACAUAUGAGAUUUGCCGCUACACCUCCCGUGGAUGGAACAUUAGUUGAAUAUUAUGUUUCUCCAGAGGACUUUGUUCAUAAAGUACCAAAAUCUAUUGCUUUUGAAGAAGCUGCAUUAAUAGAGCCGUUGUCUGUUGCUGUACAUGCCAACAAGUUAGCAGGGACAAAGUUUAAUGAUACUGUAUUAAUUAUGGGGGCAGGUCCAAUUGGAUUGGUAUGUGGUCAAGUUGCAAAAAGUUUUGGUGCAAGUACAAUACUAUAUGUAGAUGUCAACGAUUUCAAAUUGAAUGUAGCUCAGAAGUCAUUCGGUGCAACCCAUAUUUUAAACAGUAAGGAACUUGCAAGUAACGUUUCUGUCGAAGAUGCAAUUAAAAGUCUAUUAAAUAACAAGAAGAUAAACGUUGUGCUAGAGUGUACUGGAGCUUCACCUUGCGUAGAUGCCGGUUUAAAGGCUCUCUCAGCUGGCGGAACAUUUGUUGUGGUAGGUAUGGGAGCUAAUAGUAUCUCAGUUCCAAUGAAUCUUAUUUCGAUGGGAGAAUUAACCAUCAAAGGAUGCUUCAGAUAUUGUCAAGGAGAUUAUAAAGACGCCGUUAGUCUUGUCAGUCAGGGUAAAGUUGACCUAAAGUCACUUAUUACUGCCACGUAUAAAUUCUCAGAUGCAAUCAAAGCUUACGAGGCACAAUUAGACAGUUCUAUUGAGAAUAGAAUAAAGACAGUAAUACUUGGUCCCGAGUAA